AAGCGAGUGCUGGAGGCUCUGCCAAUUACACCGCCGCUGUUCCUUUCCAGGACAAGAGCUCCGGGGAGGCUUGGAUAUAGGGGAGGGAAUGUCCAGUAACACUUCUCCCGCCCAUCGGAACCUCCCGAGAACACCAGGCGGCAGCAGGCCACGCCCCUCUCGACGCUCCUCCGCACAGCUUCAGGUCAAGGGCCAAGCCCCUCGUCAUUGUUUCCAAGAUCCUUCCUGCUGUGUCAGCCUCCUCUUCCAAGACUCGCCCUGCCUCCAGCCUAAUUAAACAGCGGGAACUUCGUGAGCACUUGCCCCUGAUUCUGUGGAUUUGCUCCUAUCCUUCCCUUGGCCUGGGUUGCCCUCCCAGGCGCUCUCAUCUCAAUUCAAACAGCACCUCGUCCAGGCAGCUGCUUGGAAGACCUGGGCGGCGGAAGGAUCUCUCUCCUUUGAAUUCCUGUAUCCUGUGUGCCUCCCUCUAGGUGGAUCAAGCACUGCCUGGUAGUGCAGUGAUUGAGGACAGACAGUAGCUUCCAUUCUUCUUUCCAUCCGCGCAUUGGUACCUAGGAUGGUGCCUAAGAUAAUGCCUGGUGAACAGUAAGAGUUCGGCAAAUUCCUGCCGACAUGAGUUGUGUUCAGUGUACUUGAUGGAAAACAAGGAGAUGGCUACAGACAGGGAAGGGAAAGUGCCCAGCAUUUCUUUCUCCUCAGCUUGCUGCUUAACAAAUGUCAUUUCACCCCAUGGUCAUAGUGGAGGAGGCUCAACUAAGUCUGCAGGAAUUGGCCUGCUAUUUGAUGGAUCACUGGGAUGACAACAUUCACGCCUCCAAAUUGGGGCAGACCAUCUGCACUUUAUCCUGAAGACAGUGCAGGACAAGCAGAAGUGCAGGGGAGACCAAACCAAGAAUCACUAGAGGACAGUACAGAAGGAGCCUUGGAAGAAGGUCAGUGCAACUCUUGCUGUGCUCCCUAUAAACCUGCAGAACCCAAAGAUGUGGGAAUGGUAAGCAAAAAAUCCCUGAGUGGAUCACUAGCAGUGACGGGAAGCAGUUCUAAUAUCCUUGAAAUUAUAAUCAACAUGAGAUGGACUAGACAUGCAUGUGCUUAGGAACAAAUCACAAGACAGUGGCAUAGCAGAAAUGGAAGAACUUCCUGUUCCACAUAACAUCAAAAUAAGCAACAUUACAUGUGAUUCGUUCAAGAUUUUGUGGGAAAUGGAUUCAAAAUCAAAGGACCGUAUUACACACUAUUUCAUUGAUCUGAACAAGAAGGAGAACAAGAAUUCCAAUAAAUUUAAACACAAGGAUGUUCCAACAAAAUUGGUGGCAAAAGCUGUUCCCUUGCCUAUGACUGUCCGUGGACACUGGUUUUUGAGCCCAAGAACUGAAUAUACAGUUGCAGUGCAGACGGCAUCAAAACAAGUUGAUGGUGAUUAUGUUGUGUCUGAAUGGAGCGAAAUUAUAGAAUUCUGCACAGCAGACUAUUCAAAAGUUCAUCUAACACAACUGUUGGAGAAGGCCGAAGUGAUUGCAGGACGUAUGCUUAAAUUUUCUGUUUUUUACCGUAACCAGCACAAAGAGUAUUUUGACUAUAUUCGAGAGCAUCAUGGGAAUGCUAUGCAGCCCUCUGUCAAGGAUAACAGUGGUAGCCAUGGUUCUCCCAUCAGUGGAAAAUUAGAAGGCAUCUUCUUCAGUUGCAGCACUGAAUUCAAUACUGGGAAACCACCCCAGGAUUCACCUUAUGGAAGAUACAGGUUUGAGAUAGCAGCAGAAAAACUUUUUAACCCCAAUACUAACUUAUACUUUGGGGACUUCUACUGUAUGUACACUGCUUACCAUUAUGUGAUUCUUGUUAUUGCUCCUGUUGGAUCACCAGGAGAUGAAUUCUGUAAGCAGCGCCUGCCUCAGCUAAAUUCUAAGGAUAAUACAUUUUUGACCUGUAAAGAAGAAGAUGGGGUGCUGGUUUACCAUCAUGCCCAGGAUGUCAUUUUAGAAGUCAUUUAUACUGACCCUGUGGAUCUCUCUCUGGGCACCGUGGCAGAAAUCACUGGUCAUCAGCUCAUGAGUUUGUCUACUGCAGAUGCAAAGAAAGAUCCCAGCUGUAAAACCUGUAAUAUCAGUGUUGGACGUUAAAUGUUCACUUUUCUUAUUCAGUCCCUCUUCUUCCUGUAGGAGCAUUGAUACUUUGUUGUCCAUUUUCGUUACCAGAUGUUCUGCUCUGAAGCAUGCACAUGCUGCUGUUACCGAAAGCAAACUUCCACUUUUCAAAUGUCAUUCAGUCAUUUUAGUGUUUCCUAAUCCCUACCUUUCCCACUACUUUCAUUGAUGAAAUAUACUCAUUUUUCUUACUGACACUUUAUUUGCCUAGAUGCUGCAAUGUUUUUGUUUCCUUAUGCCAAACAUAAUUCUAUAUAGACCGCUUUAGCAAAAUACAAAAUGGCUUAUAAAUGGUGUUUACAUAUGCAUUCAUUUUAAUCUACUGAAUAAAUAUUGAGAUAACGCCAAACCGCAUGAAAGGGUGUAAUUGCAGCAUGAGUUAAAUCUUGAAACCUAGACUUGUCAGCACUUCCCACUUGUUCAACAGUGUUAUUUAUGUUAUUUAUAUUAGCUAACAGGAAACAGCUGUUUCAACAUAAUAAAUAUAAUAGAAAAAUAUUUUAUUUGUAUUGUAUAAAAUAUUUACAAUCAUAUAGAAUAUAGUUACAUUUUAAUAGUAAUAAUUGUAUAUAGGUCAUGAAACCAUUUCCUUUAUCAAAGAUGUAGUUUGUAAAGCUCAAAUAAUUGUGUCUGUCUGUUACAAGAAGAUGACUUUAAUUAAACCAAUUUAUGGAGGACAUUA